UAACUGACUGAGAUCCUGUUUUACCACUAAGGGUUAUCUUAGAUAAAUAUUUACGCAAGAGCUGGGGAACUUCCUAAUUCCAACCGUACCUUUGAUGAUAUAUGAGUUUUUCUCCGAAAUGCACUUGUUCCGCGGAGGUAUAUCUAUAAACAGAUCCGAUCUUCUCCAAAUCCACAGUCUAGAAUGUACGAACCAUGGCGACAAGGCUUGCUGUCUGCUGUGCUUUUUUGGUUCUUAUAGACAUUGGCUUAGUCUGGGGACAAACCGACUUGACCAGGACCCCAGGGUCGAAAGGCGCAGAUGUGGUCGACGCUGUCAUUGAUCUUAUUCAUCACACCUGCAUCUUUGAAGAUGACAAGUUUUUCUUACGACGCCUGGCUUUUGUCGAGAGCAGAGACGGCAACAAUGGCAACACUUACAGAAACGGUUACGACGGCGGGAUUUGGCAGGUUGACAACGACAAGUUCCUUUUGACACAGACGUCGGCGCACACCAAGUCCUAUUUCACCCACAUUCGGCAAAGUAAUCUGCAUAUUGAUUGGUCGCAAGUAUCUUGGACUGACCUAAGGAUACCUUUGUACUCUGGCCUUGCUGCUCGUCUCUACACAGAGGUCAUGAGCAAGGGGCAAGAUAUACCAAGGGAGAUAAGUAAACAGGCCGAAUUUUGGCAUCGGGCUUAUCACUCUAACCCAACUCCGAUUUCCAACUUCACCUCCGCUGUGAAGUAUCUCACACUUAGCUGCAGCAAAGAUAAACCACUUGAUGCCGUGUUCAUUCUGGAUUCCUCGGGAAGUGUUAACGUUAGGGAUUUUGAAAAAGAGAAGGACUUCGUCAUCAAUUGGAUAACCGCCUUUGACAUCGGACCAACCGCAACACAGUUAGCCGUCAUUUCAUAUAGUACAGCCGUUGACGUUCAAUUCGAUUUGAACACGUAUCAUACUAGCCGCGAACUCAUAACUCACGUAAAGGCCAUUCGGUAUAUCGGCAGAGGAACGAACACGGCAGAAGCAAUUGACGUGGCUGUGAACAGGUCACUCUCGGCUAAAUACGGCGCGCGAAAGAGUGCAGCGCACGCUGCCAUCUUGGUCACAGACGGGCGAUCAAAUGAUCCCACUGCUACUGUAAAUGCGGCCGAGCGCGCACGCAAAAUGAAAAUAACCAUGUUUGCCGUGGGCGUUGGAAAUAAUAUUGACCAAAGCGAACUGAAUGAUGUGGCUACAGACCCUGACUGCACUCACGUAUUCCUGGUUGAAGGUUUCUCGAACAUGGAAUCCAUGAAGCAGCAAAUGGAAAAAGCAACAUGCCAAACCAAAAUCCAAAUGCCAGAGUCCAACGCUAAUGACUCAGAAGUGGUUUGUCCUUUGGAAAAGCCCUGUGAUAUUGUUGUUCCUGGAAGAAACCACACCGAUAACGACACCAAGGAAGCCGUCGUGACCACGGUCAACUGUGGCAAUGCCACCGUGUACGCCGCCUAUAACAACCCUAACCCAGGUGUGGCUUACUACGAGAUCAAGUCCGUGGCGACUCAAGACAAGCCAUCUGUCAUCUACCUAGACGGGGAUGGAAGGACGCUGUAUAUCACCAUAGAGGGACAUCUGUACCGUCUCGAUGUUAACAGUUCCAUUGUAUGCAAGGCAGUAUCGAAAGUUGUCGAAAUUCCAGUCGACCCAAAGGUUGACGUAAUUUGCACUGACCACGGCGUACAAAGAAAAUGUACCCCUGCUGACCUAACCGAUUUUAAGGAUGAACUUUGUAAAGUGUCUUGGGAAUUCCCAAACCCUUGUACGAGAGAGAACCUUCUUAACGGUCAGAUGAAGUUCCCACAUCCUGAUCAUCCCGAUAGGUUCCUGAUGUGUGACUUUGUCGGUAAGGUUUACAUCGUCCUUUGUCCCAAUGAUCACGUGUACAACAACGUCACAGAAAUGUGCGAAAUCGGACCCGGCACUCCCGGCAGUCUCAACUUUACACGGGUUCCCUUAGACCCCAACUUGGCCAAUCCCUGCACCGUGGAAGCCAUACUGGCAGGUCAAAUGGUCUUUGCAGACGUAUCCGACAAAACAAAGUUCAUCACUUGCGACGUCUGGGGAGACGCCUGGAUCAGCGAUUGUCCGGACGGCCUCAUCUGGGGUCCCAAGGACAUGCAGUGUGUGGUGGACAACUCGAUCGGCCAAGUCCAAGGUCAAGGUUUCCUGGAAGCUAACGUGCCCAACCCUUGCACCAAAGAGAAAAUCACCGCCGGACAGUUCUUCUUUCCAUAUCCCUACGCCCAGGACCGAUACAUUCAGUGUGACGCCUGGGGCGGCGCCUAUGUUUUGUUGUGCUUCCCCGGUGGUCGGUGGAGCGACACAGCAAAGAUGUGCCUUAUAGGAAAUAAGACGUAACCGUGAUACGAUCUAAUCGUCAUGAAUACUGACAGCUUGUUUAUAUAUACGCAUGCAUGGAGAAGUUUUGUUUUCAUCCGUAUUCACAUUGAUUGAAUAUUAUCAUAUUUAAUUUUUAAGGGCAAGUGUAUGAGAUGAAACGGUGGGCAUAUAAAAUCAUACAAUAAAUGUUGAUGUUAUUAUA